CCGUCCCCCGCCGGCUCCUGCUCUCCCGCCUCCCGUCAGCCCCUCGCUGGCGCCGCGCAGGGCAGCGUCGGCUCCCACCUGCUGCGGGGCCUUUCCCGCGGGCUCGGGAGGGCCAGCGCACGGUGGAAGCCUUGGGAGGCUCCAGGCACCUGCUUGAGGAUCGCCCGUGGAAACUCCUUCAGCGUAUGAACCUGGUACUUUUCAAGCCAAAGAAGUGUUGUCAUCCUGGAGAUUUUGUCAUCUCCUGUAAGAAGUGGCACUUCUAACCUGAGCCAUUGAAAUAAGGGGCCUUGUAAGCACUAAGGCUACAUGCUGUUGCAGAGAGACACAAAAGGGAGGACCCAAAGAGGCAAGGGGGGAACCCUGGGAGCAGGAAUCCAGGGAAGAACAGGGAGAAAAAAGCAAAAAUAAAAGGGAACACUCACCUGCAGCGAGACCCGCAGCAAAUUGGAAACACCAGGAGGAAUCAUCAGCCGUGCCUUCAUACAGCUGCGGCCGGCCGGUGACGUCAGUGGCGAUCGCUGGUUGGCCGAAAUAAAGCGAGCGGCCAGCAAAGAGGUGAGGGGACAGACGCCAGCAGAAAUCCCAGCCAGAGGGACCUCCAUUAAGCUCCGAGUGGAGUGAGCAGGGCCAGAAGCAGUGUUCUCCAGCAGGGGAGGAUUCAAUGCCUCGCAUGGCGAGCCAGGAGCCACUGGCUGCAGCAAAGAGGACACUGCACUAGGAGCAGGAGCUCCCACGCGAAGAACCAAAGAACAGGAAGGAAGAGCCCAGAAGGACCCUAAUUCCAGCGGCCACCAUGGAGGAGGGGGAGGUGCCAACCCACUACCCAGCAUCUGAUCAGAUCAAGCAUAGUCCUGUGCUUACCUGGCAAGGGAAGCACUGUGACCAUCAAGAUGGCCUUCCUAGUUGCACCCGGGGAAGACUGCUGUCCUGUCAUAGGGAUAGUACCUGCCAAGCUUUAGGUUGAGAACUCAAUUUCAAUGAAAAGGGAAACUUCACCAGACAGUCCACUUCUCUUCAGCGCCUGAGGUCAUAAAGAAAAUCCUAUUCAGACAGUUUAUAAAGGAAAGCAUGCAGCUGGGUUUUAAAGUUCUGAAAGCUGUUGUUAAAAAUGCAAUCUUCUGAAUCUCAGACUGAACUGAAGCAGAAUCACAUGACGCCAUCACCCUGGAAAGCCAGAACCAGCCCAGAAACAUACAGGGAAAAAACACUAAGGGACUCUGAAUCCCUUGACAUAUAUAUACAGAACACGCUGUCUUCAUUAUAUCCGCCUUUCGAGGCUACAGCUGCCACUGUUCUGUGGCAACUUUUCAGCAUAGUUGAAAAGCUGUAUCGAGGAGAUGGCCUCAGGUGUCUAAUUGAUUUCCUUGUCCCUGCCAAGAGAGCCUUGCAGUGUAUUCAGCAAGAAACCUGUGCUAAAUACACUGGUCUAAUUUUCUACCAUGAGGGCUGGCCAUUGUGUAUCCAUGAAAAGGUGGUGGUCCAGUUAGCAUCUGUGCACAAAGUCCGUCUAAAGCCAGGAGAUUUCUACUUUCAAAUAAUUUCUGCAGGGAAGCAAUCCGUGAAGCUCGUUUUAAAAUGCCUCUCCAGACAUGGGCGUGGAAUAGAAGAAAUCACCGUGCCUGAAACCAUGUAUGGAUGGAUUUUUACAGCAGAAUUUUUAGAAAAUGUAAAUUGUGAAAGAGAAAACUUCCCCUUGCAAAGCUGUUUACUGACUGCAGGCCCAGCUGUGUAUAGAACCCCUUGGGAGAAUAUAGUGAACCCAAUCUUUGUCCCUACAACUGAAACAAUCCUGCAUAAUUACUCCAGUAACCCGCUCCUCAAACAGCUAAUCAGCAGCAAAACUGAUGUUAAAACCAUGACACAGACCAUGGAAAGCAAUAGUUCACGUGAUAGUUCUACUUCCAAUGAUACUGGCUCUACUGUUAUAGAAGCACCAUUUUUUGACCCCCAUGGAAACCAAGGGAGUGGUGUAUCCAGUUCUGUUCAUGCCCCUGAAAGCAGGAUUGAAUUGGAGAGUCCUCAGGCCCCAACUGAGGAGAGCAAAGAAGAUUACAUAAAUGUUGGUGUGUUUUCUAAGGAUUGCCCCAGCAUCACAAACAUGGCAUUACCACAGUCCAUCAAGCCUGCAGAGAUGACUGAAAGGUUAGCAGAUGAAGCAUUAUCUCCCAGGAUGGAGAAAAAGAAUAGUGCCAAAAGCAUUGCUUUCUGCACAGAUUUGAGCAGCCCGUGUCCAAGACGACAACAACUCAGGGAUUCUUUGUAUUUUGAGACAAGACGCUUAUUUAGGAAGUCAUACAUAGAAGCUUUGCAAAACCCCAUGAAUCUUGGUUCCAGCUCAGAGGAGUCCAUUGCAGAAGAGGAUACUACACACCAGCUAAUGGACUCAUCUGAAGUCAGGGAUGAGAUGAGAUUCUCUGAGAGCAAAACGAGCGAGAAACAGUUCAAAAAGGAAAGUUCUCUUUCUGACAGACUUACAUCAGAGGAGGAAACAAGAGAGAUUAUAAGCCCUGAUUGUUCCCAGGCCUCAAAAAAAGUGCUCAUACCUCACGAAACUCUCCCAGUAGCAGACUGUAGGGCUGGCCCACGAAGGUCUCGGUCUUUAGACAGGUCACAUAAAAGUUCACAUAGUAAAGAACAGAGACCCAGGGUGUUCUCAGAUGAUUCAGCAGGUGGAAACCCUAAAAAGCUGUUAAAUGGGCAUGCUUUAAGACUGGGGAAGCUGGACUCUGAUGGUCAAUUAUUUGCUGGUAUGAAAAGCCACAAGUGUCACAAAGAGGAUGAAGAUUAUCCUCACAACUCAGCAGUGACAGAUGCAAAAAGCAGUUUCCAAGGUGAUGAGUGUAACACAACUACAGAUGCUUCUCCUAUGCUAUUCCAUUGUGAGAGUGAGCUGCUGUCUACCAGUGCUGGAGACAUUUGCCACAAAUUACCAAACCAAUCACUUGACAUCAACCAAGAACUACUGCAGUCUGGAGUCCUAUCUCUGUGUGGAAGCCGAGACCGUGGUGGGAGAGCAGUGGUACAAGUCUGUACAAGGCACCCCAUUUGGUUAAGUGAACAUUCCAUAACUACAAAGCUUGCUAGCCUUCUGAUGUAUUUCUACAGCAUUCCCAGGAAGGAGGUUCGUGACCUUGGACUAGUUAUUUUAGUGGAUACUCGAAAAUGCCAACCUAUUCCUUCUCUCUUCAAAGCUUUUGCAACAGUACAGAAUGUAGUACCUCACUCCAUUCACAAUGUCCUGAUACUGACCGACAAGGAAUCUGCUUUUAAGCCUGACAAAGAUGCUACAAUUCAGUAUGAAGUUUUUACAUCACUAAAGACUCUGCAUAAGCUCAUUGACUCUACACAGUUAACAGCAGAAUUUGACGGAACUUUUAUGUAUAACCACAAUGACUGGCUGCGUUUCCGAAGGAAACUGGAACCUUUUAUUACAAACUGCAAAGAGGCCAUUGUCUUUCUACAAAACUCAGUCUGUUCGCUGAGCAUCAACAGAACCCUCAGUACAGUGCAGGAGGUCAAUGACUUAAUCAACAAGCACAAAACAAUGAUGAAGCUUGUUCUGGAAGAUGUUCUGCUGGUAACAUUAAGGUUAGAAGGUGGGACGAUCCUUGCGAGACUUAGAAAAGAAGAAUUCUGCAACACAGAAGAUUAUCGAGAUGCCAUGGAGUCUAUAACAAGAUUGUACAACCAAGUAGAUGAGGAGGUCCAUAGACUGGUUCUGUUAUCUAAUAAGUGUUUCCAACAACUGGAAAAUCUUCGGGAAGUAAGAAAAUUUGAAGAAGGCUGCGAUCAGAUAAAACUCUGGUUUGAAAAUGAGAGAGAAAGAUACCUUAGCCCGUUGGAACAAGACGGCCUUUCACUUGAAAACGUGAAGAAGCAGCAAGAAGAAUUCCAAGUUUACAGUGACAAAGCCAUGCAAUACUAUGGGAAAGGACUGCAACUGGUACAAGAACACUGCUCACUGAACUUGGAAGAAAAGGUUCAAGCCUUCAAGAGGUAUCUGAGUAACAUCAGCACUGAGACUGAGAAAAGGAGGAAUGAGUUAGAGAAGCUGGUCACCUUGUACGAAUUCUAUGAGACGGCACAAGGGUGGAUGUCACACUGCAAUGAGUAUCUUGAAUGUAUAACUGCCAAAACCAAGUAUUCUCAGUCAGAAGUUCAGUGUUUGCAGAGCUGCUACCAAGAAGCUAAGAAGGUUUCUUCAGAAAACUUUAAAAAAGUGAAUGAGCUGGUGUUGGGCUUGGGAAGCAAAAAGGAACUGAAACAAUGGAAUAUUUUAUGGCUGAAAUGUCAGCAAACAAGGCACCAUUUAGAAGAGGUCCUUUCUGAAGCUCUCAAAAGUUCCAGCAAAGAAUCUUCUUGCAGAGUCCCCAAGGAAGCUGGAAUAAAGAUUAACUAUGAGCCAAGCCAAUCGUCUUCUCACCUCUCUUCCAGCAGUGAUGACAGCAUCUGGGAUUUUAAUGCUAAACCACCGCAUAACCCUCCACAGGCCAGCCUGCCCUCAGGAGUACCAUCUCUUUUACUUCAUAAGCAUGCAAAUCAAAAUAUGGAUGUGUCUGUGCAAUUCAGUGCAUCUCCGCCACAGACACUAGCUAAACUCUUCAGUGAGCCUCAAAGGACUAGUCCAAACUUAGAAGAUACAGACAGUAUUUCCACCUCAGGAUCAGCUUCCUGCUAUUCCGAGCCAAUCCAGUCACCAGUUAUUUGCCACAGAAGGCAUCCACUAAAGAAAAUCAUGAAGAAAACGCAGAGCUUUGAUUUUACCCAGCAUGAAAGCAGCCAUAGUGAGUUGCACCGCCAUGGAUAUACGGGAGUUUAUAUUAAAGGGCUAGAGGUAGCCAGCAACAUUGCUGCUGAGAAGAAAUACAUGCAACGCUUGAAUAUAAAAAGCCCUUUGAUUAGUAGAAACCGAAGUCUAUCAUCACCAUCAAGGAUCCACCAUACAGAAGAAGAAGACAAGAAGAGAGCUGGAAGCAGUAAAGUGCAACAUAUAAUGGAUGAGAUGAUCACAACAGAAAGGGAAUAUGUUAGAUCCUUAGGAUAUAUCAUCGACAACUAUUUUCCAGAAAUGGAAAGAAUUGAUUUACCUCAGGAUUUGCGAGGGAAGCGGAACAUUAUCUUUGGGAACCUGGAGAAGCUCUAUGAUUUCCAUUGCCAGUAUUUCCUAAAAGAGCUGGAACAUUGCAGAGACCUCCCACUGCGGGUCAGCCACUGUUUUCUCAGACAUGAAGAACAGUUUGGGAUGUAUGCACUAUACAGCAAGAACAAACCACAGUCAGAUACUUUGCUUACAAGCCAUGGAAAUGCAUUCUUCAAAAAUAAGCAACAGGAUUUGGGUGAUAAGAUGGAUUUGGCUUCUUACCUGCUGAAACCUAUUCAGAGAAUGAGCAAGUAUGCACUGCUCCUGAAGGAUAUGAUUAAGGAGUGCACUAAGACUCAGGAGCAGGAACUCAGUGAUCUUAGGUCUGCUGAGAUAAUGGUGAAAUUCCAGCUUCGCCAUGGAAAUGACUUGCUUGCUAUGGAUGCCAUCAGAGGAUGUGAUGUCAAUUUGAAAGAACAGGGACAACUAAGAUGCCAAGAUGAGUUUAUCGUUUGCUGUGGAAGAAAGAAGUACUUGAGGCACGUCUUCCUUUUUGAUGAUCUUAUCCUGUUUAGCAAGACAAAAAAGAUUGACGGGGGAUAUGACAUCUAUAUGUACAAACAGUCAUUCAAGACUGCUGAGAUUGGGAUGACAGAGAAUGUUGGGGAAAGUGGUCUGCGAUUUGAAAUCUGGUUUCGGAGGAGGAGGAAAACCCAAGACACAUACAUCCUCCAGGCAAACUCAGCAGAAGUUAAAGUUGCUUGGACCAGUAUCAUAGGAAAAAUUCUCUGGAGACAGGCCCUGAGAAACCGAGAGCUCAGAAUGCAAGAAAUGGUGUCUAUGGGAAUAGGCAAUAAACCUUUCAUGGAUAUCAAACCCAGUGAAGCAGCCAUAAGCGAUAGAGCAAUAGAUUAUAUCAUGAAGGGAACAGAGUCAAGAUCUCGAGCAUCUAUAGCAGUUUCUUCAUUUGACCACUCCACACCUUUUAAGAGACCACAUUCUACCAUCUCUAACAGUAGUACAUCUUCCUCAAGUAGCCAGUCCUCCUCUUCCAUUCUGGGAUCACUGAACCUGCACGUGUACACUAGUCCAUCUCCUCCAAGCUUGCUAGGACCACCCUUCUACCACUGGUCAUAUGAUAUUAGAACCUGCAUUGAGGAGGAUGAACUGGAGCAGGAAACUGGCAGUCAACCUUCAAUGAUCACAGAGAGUUCAGAGUCCUCCCAGUGUACAUCAGGUGAGAGUGUAAGUGGCUUCAGUAGCUCGGCCCAUUUUGGCUUGUCCCAACUCCCUACAGAGACAUUCUUGGAUGAAGGUGCUUCCAACACUGACUCCAAACCUCCUUCCCAGUGCACAUCUCCCACUCUACCUGAGAAGAAUCCUAGAUCAAAGCACAGCAGCCCAUACGUCACAGAUAACAAAACCUCUCAUGUAUUAGGCCUCUCAACAAUGGUUUGACUGACAGGCAUAAAUUCACUAUGAGUCAUUGGAUUCUGAAGACAUUUUCCAAGGCCCGACACUGCUGUUCCACAUCACCCUGUGUUCAAUCUAUCAUGAAAAGCCUCAGACAUGUUUUGUGGAUUCCAUUCUUGAAACAAAACCUGUUGCAGGAUAUUUUAACAGCUGCAAAAGUAAACGUCUAAGUAUUUGCUUUAAAUCAACCAGAGAAGGGAGAGCUCUAUUUUUCUUUGUAAUUUUUGCAAAAAUUACAGAGUUGUCAAUUUGCACAGUAUGAGCCAAAUUCCGCUCUGAGACAAGCAAGCAGGCAGCUUCACCUACUAUCAAGGCUUUCAAGGGCAUACAACUUGACCUUGUAUGUGUGUGAGACAACUCAGAAUACUUUUUUUCCUCCUGCUCUAACCUGGAGCUUGUACAUAGCAGAUGAUGUAGAUGAUACUUUAUUUUGUGCAAUCCUGUAAAUGUAGGAACCAGUAAUAAAUGAACUAAUAUCUGUACAAAAAGAAAAGUGUACAAACUGCUUGAAACUUUUGUAAAUAAUUAUUUUAUUGUCUUACAUUUUAAAAUACUGGUUAUUAAGACAGAUGCAUUUUUAUUUACUUGCUAGUGUCUUCUCCAGAAGUUUGGAGAGGUAAACUUUGUAAUAAUAGUAUUGUGGACUUAGAAUAGGGCAUUUGUUUCUAGGGAUUGAAAACAAGUAUUUGUAACCAUUUUCAGAUAUCAGUUAUGAAAGCAUAUUAUUGUUCAUCUGCUGUUGGAAACAGUUUGUUUUUUGUUACUUUGAACACUGCCCUGGUUUAAUACUUUUUUUUUUUAAAAAGAUACAAUAAAUGAAAUAAUUUCUACCAUGUUACAUUUA